ACGAUUGCAAAUUGAUUUGGCGGUAAAUUGACGCGCCAAGUUCACCGGUUGGCGGAAUUUUGCGCCAAAACGGCAUUCCAUUUUGUAACAAUUUGUUAGUUUCAGUUUCUAGAAUUUCGUAUAAAAAAAUAUCGUUACAAGAUUAUUCGAUACAAUUAUUACUAUAUUUUUUUUUCAUCGACAUUUAUUCUUUAAUCUUUAUAGAGAUUGUACAAACUUUGUACAAUACACAAAAAUACAGCAGCUCUUGUUGCAUAAUAUUAACCGGCAAACAGGUUAAUAUAUUUAUAGAUAUCAACAGGAAUGGCUGGGUAAAAAAAGUCACUAUCGUUCGUGAAAUGUUUUACCGUCUAUCUGUUGUGUCCGGCGUGGCCGUUAGCUCAUAUUUAACCGUGAAAUUUUUAAACCAUUUCGAAAGAAGAGAACAAGUUUUAAACGCCGGCGAUGUUGGGCUGGAAUAUGAAAAUACCGAAUUAAAAUUGGUUCAAGUGCUGUUUCGUCAUGGGGCGCGAACGCCGUUGAAGCUGAUUCCAGGACUGGAAGAAACUGUCUGGAACAAAUACGAACUAAGAUAUGAUUUAGAGCAUACGAAGUUGAGACAUAAAUUAAAGAAUUUAAAACGAGGCGAACUUCCCCCACUUUCUGUUAAGGAUGAGUUAAGGGGAGGUUGUCGCAUGGGUCAAAUGACGAUAACAGGUCAACAACAAACAUUCGAACUUGGUAGAAAAUUAAAGGAAUUGUAUAUUGACGAUUUGAAUUUUAUUGGGCAAACAUUUGAUCCAAAUUCUAUUUACCUUCGAACAACAUAUGUGGAAAGAACAAUUGAAUCAUUAAGAUGUCUAGUUGCUGGGAUGUUUGCAGGUCAUAUUCAGGAACCAGUGACAUUUUGGACCAUGCCGUUGGAUGACGAAUUUCUCUUCCCCAACUGGGAAACAUGCAAAGCUUUACGUCAGUAUAUAAAGUAUUGCUUUAAAACUGGGUACCGACUGCCAGGAUACAAAGAUGACUUAGAGAAAUUUUCAAAAAUGAUUGGACGACCUCUGCCAAAGAAAACAUUCAUUGAUAUAUAUGAUGAUUUGAACUGUCGAAGAGCUCAUAACAAAGCAUACCCAGAAAAUAUCAAAAGUUUCAUGAGUAUCAUUGAAAAACAUGCAUUGCAGCAUUUAUCAGAGUCUUUCCUAUCUCCUCCACCAUGGACAAAUGACAAAGUACUUCCAAUGUCAUGUGGUCGGCUAGUUCAAACUCUUUUUAGGAAUAUGAAGUCAAAAAUUGACAGGAAAAACCAAUACAAACUGUACUUGUACUCAGUUCACGACACGUCGCUGAUAACUUUGUUUUCAGCCUUGGACAUGAAAUUUGACAAGUGGCCACCGUUUGGAGCUUACAUUUCACUGGAAUUAUACGAAAAAAAGGAUGGUCAACAUUAUGUUGGUAUGCGUUACUGUGGAAACCCUGUCACAUUUAAGAGGUUCAAUAAAAAGCUAUUGAAGCUAUCCCAGUUUGAAGAAAUAGUCACCCCCUUCUUCUUAGACGGCAGCGAUUUGGAAAACGCCUGCGAAACUAUAUUUAACAUACCAGACAACUGAAGAACUAAUUAGCAUAAGACCCGAAAGCAGAACGAACAUUUGUACAAAUAUGCAUUGCAGCACUGUAUUAGUCUAGUACUUAAGGCUAGUUUCCACUCAGGAAAAUUCUCCUUUGGAUCGGACAGGAUAGGAAAGUUUCCAUUAUAUAAACCGCCGCCCGAGAACUCACCGACAAAGGAAAUUUCCCGGUCCGUUCUGAUCCAAAGGAGAUUUUUUCUGAGUGGAAACACGCUGUUGUGCGUACAAUUAAUCAUAUGCACCGUAAAUGAUUUUUCUUAACUACAAUUCUCCCCUACACGAAAAAAGCUGUUUCGUAAUAAAUAAUUAUAC